AUGAUUCCGGAGGAGCAUCACGCCUUGUUUAGUCUGUUUGGCGUGUUUAAGAAGGUAGCACAUUUUCGGGGGGAGGAAAUCCCCAUUUUGUGUUUCUACAGCAGGAUGGAGAGGACCUACAUGAUUGUAAAUAAAUUUCUGGAGGACAUUCCUCAGUUUUUUUUGUAUCUCUUGGAUGUCCUCAUCGAGUGGGAUGCGGCGCCAAUGAAUAAGUUUUUCUGUCUCUACGGAGGGGCUGUCUUUUCCGUGUGGUCCCUUACCGCCUUGGCGACGGCGCCCCUCGUGGGAGCCCCCUGGACGGCACUUGUCUAUGCCCAAUUCGUAGCACUGUUGCUUUUGUCGUUGGCCUUCCUGCUGUCCUUCCUGUACGUCCACUUUGGUGCGAAGCGAAGAUUUUACCUAAACCGGUACUACUGCCUAGAAGGGGGGGGAUAUGAAGCGGCAGAAUGGGAAGCUCGGUGGGCACUACUGCCGUGGUAACAACUGAGUGAGAAGUCCGUUUGUGAGAAUUUCCCCCCUUUUUUUUCUUCUUGGGACAUUCUAGGCGAUACGGGGUGGCGCUGCAAAGGCUUCUCCGUUGGGAGAUGGUAAAGGGAGAAGCUUAAACGGCGUGUCCGUUCGUGACAGUCCCACUUUGCUUUGCGUCCCUGGAUGGGUCUUAUCCGUUGUGGGGAUGGUCGAGUCCCCUACAUCAGGGGAGUCGCCAUUUUUUCGCAUUAUUUUGUUCGCAUUAUUUUUGCACAUUUUUUGGCAUUUUUUGCAUUCUUUCGCGUUUCUUUCAAAUGGGUCUGCUUAUGUACACACAAAAAAAAGGAAAACGUGCGGCGUUGCAGGUAAACACAUGAGGACGCAUAAUCGUAACUGUAUACACGCCCAUGUGCAGGCAUGCACAAGCGAUGAUAAGUGGUGGGAAGGCAUGUUCGGGGGAGGCGCUCAAAGGGAAUCAAAUUUCAGCC